ACGAUUCCAUCGCAGGAAACAGAGCAAAAAUUUCUUGGCAUCUCACAAAAGAAAGCAAAGCGAUACGCUUUCGUUCCCACUUCGUUUCUACGCCAUCCCUCUCUCUCUCUCUCUCUUCCAGCAUAUACCUCACCGGCACACCAUGCAUUACUAUAUUCUCUCUCUCUCUCUCUCUCAAAAGGGUCAUCAAGGGCUAUUAAAACUCGCUCGCUCACCCAAAAUCUCCAGUCUUCAGCAUACCAACUCUCCAAUGGCAAAGGAUGCAGCAGACUCCAAGCCGUUGGGCGUGUGCGAAAGGCUCUUCAAUGCCCUCAGCUUCAAUGCAGCAUUUCGGCCGCUCCGUCGCCUAACUUUCCACAAGCAACCCGCCACCGCCGACCACUCCGACUAUGGCAUGAACGGCCUCAAGACCGAUCACAGUCCUGCUACUGCAACGAAGCCAAAACCAGCUAAACUACCAGAACCCGAUGCCAUCGCCCUGCCUCCGUCGGCAAAGCCUCUGCGAGCAGCAACGGCAAAAGAACAGCUUCAGAAGGUUGACCCACCACCUCCAACGACAGAUAAGCCUAUACCUCUUCCAGUUCCACCUCCUCCCCUUGCCACUACCUACAAACCAGGGAGUACAACAGUGCCAAGAGCUCCAGAGAAAGCAGUUCCCAAGCCAGCACCACCGGCAGCAGUGGCUGAACCGCAGCCAGCGCCACCGACUGCAGCGGUGACGAGGACGAAGACCAUCAACAACAAGGCCGCAGAGUUUAUCCAGAGCUCAAGGAGAAAGAUCAGGUCUGGGUCCUUCGCAACGACGCCCACUGUGAAGUGAAGUGUUGAUACACUGAGGAAACUCCAAACCAUUAGUACAAGAUGAAGAAGCUUAAGUUUGAUGUAGUGUUCCUUACUUUCUCGAUUCAAUGUACUUGAAUAAGACCUAAAACGGAUGCUUGAGCUGCUGCCCCUUUUGUUCGCUUCAAGAACAUAAUAGGAAAAGGCAAUACUUCUUGAAG